AUGCAGCAGAUCCCUUGUCUCGUGGACGGAUCUCUGUCUGUCUGGGAGUCCCACUCUAUCGUACGCUAUUUAGCAUCUGGGUAUUCACCGGACCUUCAUCUGGACUCCAUCGAAGGCAUGGCACAGUGUUCACCUUGGAUGGAUUGGGCACUGUUCAUAGACUUCCAUGAGUGCAACUGUCUUAUCCUGGACCAAACCGCGCGCACGAAGCCAGAGGACCGGGAUAUGGGAAAUAUCCUUCGAGGCUACGAGGGCUAUCUGGAGCGAUUCCAGAAGGUGGAGCAAAGACUAGGCGAUACCGGAGGCUUCCUGGCGGGAGAGCGAUUCUCCAUAGCAGAUAUCCCGGUCGGUGUUGAAGUGUGCCGCUUUAGCUGCUGUCUGGAACGAUGUGCGCUUGACGGUUUGCUGUCAGGGUGGAAGCUCCCCUCCUUACCAAAUCUAGCAGCAACUCGGCUUCCAUUGCUUGGGGAUUAA